AUGAACACCAUCAACACGACGUCGCCUGCCAGCGGUCAAUCCAAGUACAACCUCUUCCCACUCUUCAGUGGUUGCUUUCGACCACCGACACGUGCGUGGCAGAACGAGCUACCGCACAAACGGCCACCAACACUGAUGGAUAUCGACACGGAUAACAGCAUACCGAUGUGUCCGAUGGUCAAGACCGCAGCACCCAUGCCCAACCCACCAGCAGCACUGUACAACCUGUUCACCGGCCUGAACAACGCCUACAUGAAAUCGCCUGUCACCAUCCAGUCCAAACCCCACCUGUUCACAACCCGUCACUAG